UUGCGUAAAAUCGUUCACUCUUCAGUUUGUGUAACAAUGGCAGACGAGGUGAUUCUCUUGGAUUUCUGGCCUAGCAUGUUCGGCAUAAGGGUCAGAAUUGCAUUGGCAGAGAAAGGGGUCAAGUAUGAGUACAAAGAGGAGGAUUUGAGGAACAAGAGCCCUUUGCUUUUGCAGAUGAACCCGAUUCAUAAAAAGAUCCCAGUUCUUGUUCACAAUGGGAAACCUGUCUGUGAAUCUUCCGUCAUUGUUCAGUACAUUGAUGAGGUUUGGAAGGAUAAAGCUCCUUUGCUUCCCUCUGAUCCUUAUGACCGCGCUCAAGCUAGAUUCUGGGUUGAUUUCAUUGACAAAAAGUUAUAUGAUGCUGGGAGGAAGACAUGGAGCACAACAGGUGAAGAGCAGGAGGCGGCAAAGAAGGAAUUCGUUGAAGUAAUCAAGACCUUGGAAGGGCAGCUUGGAGACAAGCCUUACUUCGGAGGCGAGACCUUUGGGUAUGUCGACUUAUCUUUGAUCCCUUUCUACUGCUGGUUUCACACAUUUGAGACGUUUGCCAAGUUCAGCGUAGCAGCAGAGUGCCCCAAAUUCACUGCGUGGGCUAAGAGAUGUAUGCAGAAGGAAAGUGUUGCAAAGUCACUCCCUGAUGAGAAGAAAGUUCUGGGAUUUGUUGCAGAGAUGAGGAAGAAGUUUGGGGUAGAAUAGGCAGAAUUUUGCAAAUGGGGA